AUGUUGAUCCAAACAUUCUAUAAUGGUUUGACCUAUGAGUUUCGCAUAUAUAUUGAUGCUGCGUCUGGAGGUUCUAUCAUGACAAAGAACCCAACCGAUGCAAAGGAUUUGAUUGAGAAGAUGGCGGCUAAUGAUAAUUACCAUCCAAGGGGACGAAAUGCUAUCAACACAGGUAAUAAACAUGAUGUUGAUGCUCUAACCAUGUUGACUAGUUUUGUGCAGGCAUUAACUCAUAAGGUCAAUCAAAUCCAAGCUGAGUCCCCUCGACCCUCGAUGGAAACUUGUCAGAUGUGUGGACUGCAAGGCCAUACUGCACGGGAGUGUCAACCUAAUUAUGAUGGAAUGACGAUUGAGCAAGCUAAUGCUUUUUAUACCACAACCUCCACAAGGCCAUUUGAUGAAGCGUGGAGAAAUCAUCAAGGGCUCUCAUAUAUGAACAAUCAGGCUCAAGUGAAUCCUCAACCACCACCUACUUUUCAAUCAAGGGCACCUUUCAAUCAUCAAUCCACACAACUCCCACCACCCCAAACCUCAAAAUUUGAUCUUGAAUCAAUUAUGAAGGCUUUUACUACCUCCCAAAUUCAACAACAAGAGCUUAUAUCAAGGCAAUUUGAGCUACAAGCAAAGAAAAAUGAGUACUUCAAAAACUCAAUCCAAUUGCUCACCGCUCAAAAUAAGAGGAUAGAGACUCAUCUUUCUCAACUUUCACAGCAAGUGAGUCAUCUAAAAACUCUUCAAGAUCAAGCAAAAGUCCAAACGAAACAAUGCAAUGCAGUUUUUGUGAAGAGAGAUGGAUUGACUACGGGGGGUUUAGAGGAGAAAGUGUGCAAUCUGGAGUCGAAAACUGAAAUACGCGAGAAUGAAGGUCCCAAAUAUGUUGCUCCACAAGCCUAUGAGGAACCGAUGCCUUUCCCGCAAAGGUUAUCAAAAGCUGUGCUCGAUAAGCAUUUUGGGAAAUAUUAUGAGACUCUUAAGAAGGUAUAUGCUACCAUUCCUUUUUCAGAUCUUAUGAUUCAAAUGCCUCAAUUUGCAAAAUUUGUGAAAGGAAUUCUAGAUCAUAAUCAUAAUAAUAAGGAAUUAGAAAAUUUGGUAGUGAAGAAGCAUGGCUCUGAUAUUUUACAUGAGAACCUACCACCUAAAUUGCAUGAUCCUGGUAGUUUUACUAUUCCUUGCAAGAUAAACGAAACAACUUUUGAUAGGGUCUUGUGUGAUUUAGGUGCAAGUGUUAACUUAAUGCCUUCUUUAGUGUAUGACAAAUUAGGUUUGAAAAACCUUAAACCCUCUCCUAUAUCUCUUUAUAUGGCUGAUAGAACUGUUAGACUCCCUAAGGGUGUAGUUGAAGAUGUAUUAGUUGGGAUUGGUGAACUUGUUUUUCCUAUUGAGUUUGUUGUGGUGGAUAUGAAAGAAGACCAUAAGAUCCUACUCAUCUUUGGUCGCCCUUUUCUUGCUACAAGUCAAGCUUUAAUAGAUGUUCCUAGAGGAAAAGUGACCAUUAGAGCUCGGGAUAAACAAGUUGUGUUUAAGCUUUUCAAUGACCAUAAUUUUACUUUUGAUGGUGGUACUUGUUUGAGAAUCGAUGCUACUAACAUUUUGGUUGAUAAGUGUAUUUCUAAUAGAAAUCCUGUGAGCAAAAAGGACAAUAUUCCACCACAUGAUGGGUUUAGUUACAUGAAGGUCAAUUCGAAUACAAAGCACAUCAACUCUAAUUUGAAGGAGUCGUUUGGAGGUGGAUAUAUUGAUGAGAAAUACCACAGAGUAUCUUCUUCUUGUGGUGACCCAGGUUGA